UGCUCAUAGCACCCGAGCUCCCCGCAGGUCUCCUCGUGGCCUCCUUGGCUUCUCCUCCCCAUUCUCGCCUCCCACGGCUUUCUUCGGUGGCCUUGGCCCCUCCCCGGCUGCUGUCCUCAGGCCUCAUUGGCCCCUCAUCUCCCCAGUAACCAGACCACAACAGUGAGCUUGGAGCAUCCAGGACAUGUCAGGCACUCCAGCCCAGCAGCCCUCUCCUGCUCGCCGUCUGAAGGGGUCCCGUACCACCCCUACAGGAGCCCCACCCUCUCUGGCCAAGAUGCCUUUGGGACUCUCUGCUGGGAGCAGUCGUUCCGAGGAUGGAAGCGAGGCCUUCCUGGAGGGAAUGGUGGAUUGGGAGCUGAGCAGACUGCAGCGGCAAUGCAAAGUGAUGGAGGGUGAAAGGCGAGCCUACAGCAAAGAAGUCCACCAGCGCAUCAAGAAGCAACUUGAGGAGAUCCAGCGCCUGGAGGGGGUGCGGGACAAACUGCAGGUCCAGAUCAGCAUUGCCCAGAGCCAGGUCAAGCGGCUGCGGGACAGCAAGAGGCUGGAAAACAUGGGUCACCUGCUCAAGUGCCAGGUCCAGGCGCAGGCUGAGGUCACGGAGCUGCAGGAGCAGACCAGAGCCCUGGACAGGCAGAUCCAGGAAUGGGAGAGCCGGAUCUUUGCCCAUGGUAAGGAUGUCAAGGCCCCGGGAUGCAUCCUGGAUCAGAAGGUCACGAGCCAGCGAAGGAUCAAGAUCCUUGAAGACCAGUUGGACAGGGUCACCUGUCGCUUUGACAUCCAGCUGGUUCGGAAUGCAACCUUGCGGGAGGAGCUGGAUCUCCUGCAGAUCGAGAGGAACCGCUAUCUGAAUGUGGACCGCAAGCUGCAGAAGGAGAUCCAGCUCCUGCGGGACACGGUCAGGACCCUCAUGGUCUCCUCCACCUCUGCCUACACCAUCAGGGAGGAGGCGAAGACCAAGUUAGGCAUGCUGCGGGAGAGGGCAGAGAAGGAGGUGGCCCAGAACGACACGGAGGUGCAGAUCUUGCAGCGACAGAUCGCGCACUUGGAGCAGCUGCACCGCUUCCUCAAACUCAAGAACGGCGAUCGGCAGCCGGAUCCCGCCGUCGUGGAGAAGCGAGAGCAACGGGCCCGGGAGAUGGCCGAAGGCCUCCGGAAGACCUCCCAGGAGAAGCUGGUGCUGCGCUACGAGGACGCCCUGAAGAAACUGUCCCAGCUGACCGGGGAGAGCGACCCGGACUCGCUGGUGGAGAAGUACCUGGAGUUGGAGGAGCGGAACUUCGCGGAGUUCAAUUUCAUCAAUGAGCAGAACUCGGAGCUGGAGCAUCUGCAGGAGGAGAUCAAGGAGAUGCAGGAGGCCUUGGUGAGUGGCCGCCGCAGCGAGGAGGACCGCCGCUCGCGGCAGGAGCAGCAGCGGGCCGAGUUGCAGCAGCGCGUGGACGAGGUGCACACGGAGGCCGAGAACCUGGAGGCCCGCUUUCAGAACUUUCGCGGGCAGCUGGAGAAGCUCAAGACCGAUAUCCAGCGCCUCUUCACCAGGGCCCAGUGUGACAGCACCGUCAUCAAUGACCUCCUAGGGGUCAAGAGCCACAUGAGAGACCGGGACAUAGGCCUCUUCCUGGGCCUCAUCGAGAAGCGGCUGGUGGAGCUCCUGACGGUGCAGGCCUUCCUGGAAACCCAGAACAGCCUCUCUGCCAGCUCGCCUAACGCUGCCCUCCUGGUGCUGGGCCAGAGCCCCGAGGGUCUUCCCAAGAAAGUGGCCCCACCUCAGCCCCCUGACAAUCUCGAGGACCCCCCAGGCUUUGAGGCCAACGACGACUAUCCGCUGAGCAAGGAGGAGUUGCUGAGCCGCGUGGUGAAGUCGCUGGAGGCCCGAGAGCAGGCGGGGGAGCGGCGCCUGGAGGAGAUGGCCGAGGCCGUCAGGAAGGUGGACAGCACCCCGGCCAGCCCCGGCCUGCCCCUGCUGCCCAAAAGCCCCCGCGCUGUCCCGGGCUCCCUCGCGAGCCACAGGACUAGCGGCAUCCUGGCGUCCAGCGGAGGCCGCGCCACCAGCUCCAAUGUCGGCCGCGUCACCUUUGGGGACCCCAGCUCCAGCGCAGGCCACACGACCUUCGGCUCCACCAGCGCCGUCACCGGGGGACUUACGUCCAGCCGGGGCUCGACUGCGGGCCGAGUGAUCUCCAGAUCCCCCAACUCUAGCAGCUACCUGGGGUCCUCUGGAUACUUGGGGUCCAGCAGAGGCCACGAGAGCUUUGGGGGCUCGGAGAGCAAAGGCCCUGAGUCAGAAUCGAGUGGAGGCCUCGAGUCCAGCAGAGGCCAAGUCUCAAGCACUGGCCCUGCCUCUAGCACCGGCCGGGUCUCCACCACCAGCAAAGAUUCCCAGAGCAACUACUAAGGGCACCCAGCCCCCACCCUGCCCCUGGCUCCUUGCAGGGCCUUCUCUGGGUCUCUGCCUCUCAAUUUCCCCUAUGACUCUCCAUCUUUCUCACCCAGCUCCGGGUGAACUGCCUGCACACCUGUCUCCAUCUCCCCUUCACUAUGUCUCUGCAUCUCUUCCCAUCAGCUCCCCCUCAUCUGUCUCCUGGUCCCCCUCUCUGUUUCCAACCUGCCCUUCCCUUUCGGUUCCCUAAUCUCCUGUUCUCUAGGCUUCCCGUUCAGUGUGUCUCUGUCCUGUCUCCGUGUCUGUCUCCCCAUCUCUGCUCUGACCUCUCUGAUUAUCCCCCCACCUCCUGUUUCGGCUUCCCCAUUUCUAACUCCCUCUCCUCUCCCCCAUCUCCCAGGCCCUCCUCGCAUCUCAUGUCCCUGUCUCUGUAGCUCCUCAUUCCUUGUCCUCCUCAAGAGUCCCCAGUACUGACCAGUGGGGGAAGAAUGGGGGCAAAGACAUCAGGGUCAGCAUGAGCUGUGACCAUGGGAAAUAAA